AUGCCAACCUAUGCGCAGUUCCUUAAAGACAUUUUGUCCUCAAAGAGGAAGUUAGUGAAGAAUGAAAUAGUUGCUUUGACAGACGACUGUAGUGCUUUAAUCUUAAAUAAGCUUCUUCUUAUGCUAAAAGAUCCUGGUAGCUUCUCUAUUCCUUGUGAAAUCGGAGAGAUGGAAAUUCAAAAGCCCCUUUGUGACCUGGGAGCUAGUGUUAGCUUAAUGCCACUCUUAAUCUUCAGUAAGCUAAAUACUGGGGAGUUGAAGCCUAAAACAAUGAUUUUACAAUUAGCUGAUAGGUUAGUAAAUUAUGCUUUGGGGGUUGUUGAAGAUGUACUAGUUAAAGUAGGAAAAUUAUUUAUACCGGUUGAUUUUGUGGUUCUCGACAUGGAUGAGGAUAGGCACAUUCCUAUCAUAUUGGGAAGGCCUUUUCUUGAGAAAGCCGGAGCUCUCAUAGAUUUGAAGAAUGGGAAGCUUACACUUCAAGUUGAUGAUGGGAAGCUGAUGGACGUGGUUGAGGAGCUAGUAGAGGCAAUAGCGCGAAAGGAGAAGUCCGACAAUCCUCUUCACACUUGCUUGGUAGGAUCAAAGGAUGACUUGAAGCAAUGGGAUGAGGCUUCGAAAAUGGAAAGCUAUUUAGAAGCUGGAAAGAAAAUCUCCCCUGGUUUGAAACUCAAGGUUGAAAAACUGAAGGAUAAAGAGGAAAAGAGACCUAAACCUUCUCUUUCAACACUCAAGGAGGAAGAUGCACCAAACGUGGAGCUCAAGCAAUUGCCACCAAACCUUAGGUACGCAUUUCUUGGGCCUAAUUCUACUUAUCCAGUCAUUAUUAAUGCAUCAUUGAGUGAGUUAGAAUAG